AAACCUGAAAGUAGUGUUCAUGAAAAGGCAUCAAAUUGGGCUACUGAUAGCGCGUUGUUUGAUCACUGGAUGCAACGCUAUGUUCAUUUUCUAGAUUUGCAGAAUGGAUUCGGGAUUACGGAAGCCGCUUGUGCUGUUGCAUUUGCAAUAACUCGACAAACGUUUCUUGGCAUCAUUGAGCAGGCACAAAAUUCCAGGAAAGUUGUGGAGCAGCAGUUGGCAUUGGCUCUUAGCGUUGAUCGGUGA